GCGGCCGUCACCGACCCUCACUGUACUUUAAGCCUUGAACCACCGAUGUCUGGCUCCGCUCUAUAAUCUUUGGUUUGGCGGGUUCACCGCCGCGCCGCAUAUUUUGAAUUCGCGCGGCGCUUCCGUCCUCCCGCGGCCGCCGUACGGGGUCUGGACCAAAGAUUAUAGAGGAGCCCAACGCUUCGACCCGAGCAUCGAGCGGAGGACGCGGCGCCAAGAUGCUGGUUGGAUUGGCUCCACUCCGCACAAGCUUUGUGUCAGCAACUGUGUUUGCACAGAGUAACGAAGAAAGGAAAGGGAUUCUCAAAGUUGAGCAGUUGUCACUUUAUACAACUCCAGCUAAAGCUUAUCACUUUGAGGAUGCAAAACCCACUCGGCUUGAAGAGAGGAUCUCUGCUCUGCGGAACCACAUCAAACCAUAUGCCGCCCAGUAUCAGGGUGUUUACAAGAAUCUUCAGCCUAAAAUAGAAAGAACUGUCCAGUUUGGAAAAGACGGCUAUAUCUUUCUGAAGAAUCCGCCAUCGGGAUUUUACCCACGGGCUGGAGUCAUCACACUCGCUGGAGUGGCAGGUCUACUGCUGGCCGGAAGGGGUUCCCGUGCAAGGAAAGUGAUUUAUUCAUGCGGGUUUAUAGCUGCUUGCGCCUCUUUGUAUUAUCCUCAAGCAACAGUUGAAAUCACAAAGGUGACCGGUUCAUCGCUUUAUGAAAUGUCCAUGCAAUCGUAUUUAGCCAUUGAAUCACUGUGGAAGAAAUACAGAUACCACAACCAAGAACCUUCCCCAACACAGGGGAGUAAUAAGGUGGAUUAAUGGAAUGGUUCUGCUGAAGAAACACGAACUAAAACUGAAGCAAUAUUUCUUGUGGAACAUAAUGAAGGUGAAUCAUUAUAAUUUAAUCACUUCUUAUGAUGAGUUCAAUAAUUCAUCAGAAAUUUAUUUUUGGUUGGAAAAAUGGGUUCAAAACCCUCUCAAUCAUACAGAAAUGUGUAUAUAAAAUGAUCUAAUAAAGUACUAUUAAAGAGCAAAUUGUACAACAGAA